AUGUUCGCUUGGGCAACAGUAAUAUUCGUUUAUUACGGAUUGACUCUGAACGUCGGUGUCCUGGCGGGUAACGUUUAUUUGAAUUUAUUUCUGAAUUCCCUCAUCGAAAUACCAGCGAUUCUUUUCAGCGUCUUCUUUGUGGAUCGUUUUGGGAGAAGGAAAUUGACUCUUUUCUUCAUGCUCACCGGUGGUAUAACUGGUAUGCUUACCCUUUUCCCAUAUCUGUACGCAUCAAAAGAUCAGUUCUGGACGAUAACAGCGCUGACCACAUUCAGUAGAAUGUGUAUAUCAGGAGCUCUUUCAGUGAUUAAUCUUUACACGUGCGAACUUUAUCCUACAUGCAUUCGAAAUUCUUCAAUUGGAUUUUUUGGUGCCGUUUCGAGGUUUGGAGGCGUUUUUUCGCCCUACAUAAUGAACAUCUCAACUUUGGUUCCUGGUCGACUGGGUAAAAGUCUCCCUUUGAUGAUGAUGGGAAUUACAUGCCUAGUUUCUGGGAUAUUAAUUAUGUUUCUACCUGAAACAACUAACAAACCGAUGCAGGAUACUCUUGAUGAGGUCAUGAAAAGCAAACAUACAAAUAACAGUGCGUGCGGAAAAGAUGACAUGGAUGAAAAAAUAGAGCUCAAACUGGCCGCAUAA